CAUCACUAACCACUCCUUUCCAAGUGUCCCAAAAGUCAUGACCAAACACUGCCACGUUAUUCUUCCUCCCUGACAUUACACCCCCUCCUUUUUUUUUAACUACGACACCACUCACUCUCUCUCCUCUCUCUGUCUGAAAGAUGCUCUCUCCCACCCCUUUCUCCCUCUGUUGCACUCUUCUCCUAUGCCUACCACUCGCCUUCUUCUUCUCCACCACCACAACUUCCGACCCCAUCAACAACACCCCCAACGAAAACACCCACAACGAAAGCCCAACGAUCCCCUCUCGCAGCGCCCAAAACACUACCAAAAACCCCAGCUUGACACUCUCUGCUCUGCACCACUAUGACGGCGACAACGAUGACGAUUUGCUCUUCCGAUUAGCCGCCCGAACAAACCCCAACCCCAAAACCCCGAAAAAGAUCGCUUUCAUGUUCCUCACCACCACCCCUCUCCCUUUCCACCCUCUCUGGCAUCUCUUCUUCUACCCAAACCAAACCCACAAAAAUAUCCCCCAAAACCUUUUCAAUAUCUACAUCCACGCCGACCCAACUCACCCCUACGAGCCCCCUUUCACCGGACUCUUCGCCGCCCGCACCAUCCCUUCCAGAUCCACCCGCCGCUCCGAUCCGUCUCUGAUCGCCGCCGCGCGUCGUCUCCUCGCCCAUGCCCUCCUCCACGACCCCUCCAACGCCAUGUUCGCCCUCCUAUCCCCUUCCUGCAUCCCGCUUCGCUCAUUCUCCUUCGUCUACAGGACGCUCACCACCUGUUCGACGAAAAGUUUCAUAGAGAUUCUUAGGGACGAACCAGGCUUACACGCGCGCUACUCGGCCCGUGGCGAGGACGUGAUGCUGCCGGAGGUGCCGUUCGAGAAUUUCCGCGUCGGGUCGCAGUUCUUCGUGCUGACGCGUAGGCACGCGCGUCUCGUGGUGAAGGAUCGGCGGCUGUGGGCGAAGUUCAAGCUGCCGUGUGCAAGGGUCGACACGUGUUACCCGGAAGAGCAUUACUUCCCCACGCUGCUGAGCAUGGCUGACGCACGCGCGUGCGUGCCAGCGACUCUCACGCACGUGGACUGGACAGGAAGCGUAGGCGGUCAUCCCCGCAUGUACGAAGACGAGGAGGUGGGGCCUGAGCUCAUACGCGAGCUGCAGAAUGCGAGGCCGAGGUAUGGGGUUUGGAAUGGGAGCGUGGAGUAUCCGUUUUUGUUCGCGCGAAAAUUCGCGCCCGAGUCCUUAGAGCCGCUGAUGAAGAUGGCGAGUGACGUCAUCUUUCGAGAUUGAGAUGAAUGGGGGUUGGGUUUGGAAUUGUAAUUAUUGAAGGUCUGGGGGGUGUAAUUGUAAAUACGGAGAUAAUAGGGGGAUUAUAAAAGGGAGUGGCAAAGUAAAUCCCGCAAAUGGGAUUCGUUGCAUUCUCCUCGCUUUCGGUCUUUGUAAAGUAGUGGCAACGGCGUUGUCAAUGGCAGCUUGGGCUAAAAUAUAAAGCCCAAAGAAUUUUGGGCCUUAUUGGUCUCC